GCCCGCAGUGAGGCCUCUGGAGCCGGAGCCAUGCAACUCACUGGACACCCGGCGCGCCCGGCGCUGGAGCUGCUGCUGCUCCUGCUGCUGCUGGCCGGGGUCGGGGGAUCGACCGCAGCCUCGACCCCCGGCCCGCCGCUCUUCAACGUGAGCCUGGACGUGGCCCCAGAGCUUCGCUGGCUGCCGGUCCUGCGCCACUACGACGUGGAGCUGGUGCGCGCCGCAGUGGCGCAGGUCAUCGAGGACAGAGUCCCCAAGUGGGUCCUGGCGCUGAUCGAAAAGGGGGCCUUGAAGCUGGAGCGCCUCCUGCCCUCGCCCUUCACGGCCGAGAUCCGCGGCAUGUGCGACUUCCUGAACCUCAGCCUGGCCGACGGCCUCCUGGUCAACCUGGCCUACGAGUACUCCGCCUUCUGCACCAGCAUUGUGGCUCAGGACUCCAGAGGCCACAUUUACCAUGGCCGGAACCUGGACUACCCUUUUGGAAAUAUCCUACGCAAGCUGACCGUGGAUGUGCAGUUCUUAAGAAUGGGUCAGACUGCAUUCACAGGAACCACUUUCAUUGGCUACGUAGGCUUAUGGACUGGUCAGAGUCCACACAAGUUCACGGUUUCUGGCGAUGAACGAGACAGAGGCUGGUGGUGGGAGAACUUGGUGGCUGCGCUUUUCCUGAGACACUCUCCAAUCAGCUGGCUUCUGCGCACCACCCUGAGUGAGGCAGAAAGCUUUGAGGCAGCUGUCUACAGACUGGCCAAGACUCCCCUCAUCGCUGAUGUCUACUACAUCGUGGGCGGCACGAACCCCCGCGAGGGAGUGGUCAUCACCAGGAACAGGGACGGCCCUGCAGACAUUUGGCCUCUGGACCCUCUGAAGGGAGUGUGGUUCCUUGUUGAGACAAAUUAUGACCACUGGAAGCCAGCUCCUGAAAAGGAUGACCGAAGAACACCUGCCAUCAAAGCCCUCAAUGCUACAGGGCAGGCAAAGCUCAGCCUGGAGACACUUUUCCAGGUCUUGUCGGUGGUUCCGGUUUAUAACAACUACACAAUUUACACCACUGUCAUGAGCGCUGCCAACCCAGACAAGUACAUGACCAGGAUUCGAAACCCGAGCUGAAAGUGGUUAUUUUUAAAUGAAAUGCUUGGAGAGCUGCACUUCGCAAAAAAUAAGACAAAGUGGAAGUACUGUGUGAACUUAGAACUGAUACAGAUUCCUUCCUCAUGACACUUCGCAACUCUGUGAAGCAGGGGCUCUCUCUGGAGCUUGUCUUGGUCAAGUCUGGAUUCGCUCCAUUUCCUGGUUUGCCUUGACCUUGAUCCUCACCAAGCCUCUGCCCUGCAUCAAACCACACACAGAGCGCUGGUGUCAGGGGUCAGCCCACGCCCUUGGACUUGAUCUCCAGCUUCUCCUGCUUCGGUUAUCAACCCACUUGUCCAGCAAGAAAGGAGCUGGGAGGCCUCUUCGUUCCUCACAAAGAGCUUUUGGAAGAGACUAUGAAACCAGCUGCUUCCAAAAGAAAUGGAGAGCUCAAGUUUGAAGAGAGCCUGGUUGGAGCUGCGUUGGUCUGAUCUUUGAGCACGUACUUCCAUGUGGUGGUAUUCCCAUUUUUUAUAGUGUUUCUAGGUUUAAAAAAAAAAUGGACUACCUCUCCCCCCUUUCUAAAUGGCUACUUUCUUACUGCUUUGUGAAAGUAAUAGGGAAUGGAAUUAUUUCUGUCUGUCACUUAUCAUUGGUUUAUAAAAUGUUGAAAGAUGUUGGCAAGAAACAUUUAAAAAUCGUUUUCCCAUAGUGCUUAGCGUUGCGUUCUGCCUGCUU